AUGAAACAUCUUCGUCAAUGCAAUUUGUUUAUUCAUGAGGAAAUCAUAAUCAACAUACUGAAUCGUUUGCCUUUGAAAUCGCUAGCUAGGUUUAAAUGUAUAUCCUAUAAUUGGCAAAAGUGCAUUGCUGAAAUUUAUCGAUGUCGUCUCGGUUUUCCUGAACCUUACUUAAUCGGUUUCUUUUGCGUAGAGAAACGUUUGCGAAGUCGUUUCUUCUUCACAUCGAAAGAAUCGCCACUAUUAAUUGGUACUAAUUUGGACAAAUCAAUCGAUUUCAUCGGUAUCGGUGAGGGAGUGUAUAUUGUUGCUUCUUCCAAUGGUUUUGUACUAUGCAAUAGGCUUAGAAGUAGGCAUAGGGUUUAUUAUGUUUAUAAUCCUGCCACAAGGCAGCGUUUGGAUGUCCCUAAAACUCUAAUUCGUAUGAAUGAUCCUUAUGUUGGAUUUACUUGUAAAGUAGAUGAAGAUCAUGGCAUUGUCUCGUUUACUAUAGUUCGUUAUGUAAUUAGGAAACGCUAUCAGUCUAGUAUAACAAUUGAAAGUUAUUCUUCGGAGACUAAUGUGUGGAUUGCUACUGAUGCCAUUCAUGAUUUACUUUAUCCAUUGCAGCCUAGUAGGGAUGAGAAUUACUUAUCGUCGUGUUGUGUAAUCGAUGGAGUAUUCUGUUGGAUUGAUAAUUUUGGACAAGGGAUGACUGUUUAUGAUAGUGUAAAAAAGUGUUUUUGGGGUUUGGCAUAUCCUCAACCAGGGUGUAUGAUCUAUCCAGGUUUUCAUUUUCUUGGUUUAUCAGGUGGAGAACUCUGUUUUGCAUCGAAAGGUUGGACCAUCCCUUGUUGGAGACUCAACAAUUUUCCUAGUCGAGAUGCAGAAUGGGUUUGGAAGUAUAAUGUAGAUGUUGUUACUAUAAUUCAGAAAUGUGGAGAGAAUUUUGGGCUUGGAGGAGGGAAUGUUCAGAACAUAGUUUUUCAUCCUGUUUUUCCGGACAUUUUGUUCUUGCAAAUAAAUGGCAAGGUUAUCUCUUAUGACGUGAAAACGAGUACUGUAGAACUUGUCUAUGAUUUUGGAGAAGCUGGGCGGAAGACAAAACAUUACAAACUGUUUUCCUAUGAAUGGCCUCAAUGGCCGCGUCUCAAGUAG